AGUCCGCUGACAGCACUGAGACAACAGAGUCCACAUCGUCCUCAGUGGAAACUUCAGUUUCAACCCCGCUUACAGUGUACAAUGGAGAUUUCAGUAUUUACGGUAGAUGCCUUCACCAAUUUACCUUUCAAAGGUAACCCCGCGGCUGUUUGUCCACUUUUGCAUGAGCUGAGUGAUGACUUAUAUCAGAAGAUAGCUACAGAGAUGAACCUGGCAGAAACAGCCUUCAUCACCAAGAUCAACCCCUCUGACAAUUUCACAACAGGAUCAAGGUUCCGCCUUCGAUGGUUUACACCCACCAAUGAAGUGAAUCUGUGUGGUCAUGCAACUCUGGCCUCUGCAGCAGUGCUGUUCCAGAGUAAGAAAAAUGAGAAUUCUGUACUGGUGUUUGAGACCAGGAGUGGAGACCUGGCUGUCACCCAGCAGGGCGAGCGGUACAUCAUGGACUUUCCUCUUAAUCCGCCUGCCCAGGAGGAUCCCAAUGACUUUAAAGACAUCAUCAAGGCUGCAGUGGGAAAUCACCCAAUCCAGGAUGUUUACCUGUGCUCCAACACCAAGAAACUUAUGGUUCGACUGGCUGACAGCUGUGACAGGUCAGUGCUAACCAGUCUGAAGGUUGACCCUGUGGCUCUUCAGAGCAGUGAGAGGAGCGGGAGAGUUAAAGGACUAAUCCUCACUAUGAAAGGAUCCCCAGACUGCCAGCCAGGAUACGACUUCUACUCUAGAUAUUUUUCCCCAUGGAAUGGCAUCCCUGAGGAUCCAGUCACAGGUUCUGCCCACACUGUGCUAGGAAGUUACUGGUCUAAGAAACUGGGAAAGAAGAAACUGCUGGCUUACCAGUGCUCUCGACGAGGCGGGGAGCUGGAACUAGAAGUGAGAGAGGACGGAAGAAUCAACAUAGCUGGACAUGCUGUCUUUGUACUGCAGGGAACAAUCACACUGUAGCCACACACACGCAAAGGAGAGGGCCAUGGAUGAUGGAACAUAGUUAUGUAGCUCAUUUGAUGAAAGGUGGUUCAAAUAAAAUAAAACAAUGUCCUCCAGAUCGAUUAUAACUACUAGAACAUCACUCAUGCCAACAUAUUACAGGAUGGAACAAGGAGCUCAAACUUUAUUUGUACUGGAAUUAUUUAUUCAUAAAACACAACAUCAUCACCACAUUAAGAGACAAAAACAAAACACAAACAAAGCAUUGAAAUAUUGCAUUCAACCAAUCACAGGCAGAAUCACAGUUACUCUGGUCACUUUCUGGUGCUUUCAUCACAGGAAGUUAAUCAACAGUGAAAUAAUCCCAGCUCAUUAGCAUGUGCAGAUGGUGAAAGUAGAUAGUGUAGUUUCCAACAACAUUGUUUUAUGAUACCAAAGAUUCUUUCUGUGAUCCUUCUGUCUGAACAGAUCUGAUCUUAUAUUCUGCUGUAUGCAAAGUAAUUCAACAAAAAAAAAGAAAAAUAUGGUAUGACUUGACAUUUUCUAUUACAGAUAGUAACCCACCUUUUUUGAAUAAAAAACAAAAUGCUUCUAAACCAUUUUUUCAGUUUUUUACUGAAGUAUAUAAAUAAAGUGAAGUGCCUUCAACUUAGUCAUUGUUAUCAUUGACGAUCAGUUGAUCCACUUUAUAAGAAAUCAGACAAAGCAGUAAUCACCUCUCCCUUCACACAACAUUCAUUCAAGUUUUAGAUGGUAAAAUAAAGAAUGUAGUUCAGACUUAAAAUAGUACGAGAUGUCGUGUUAUUAUAUCACAGCUUUACUUUUCAGCUUUCAGACUCAGGUUUUUCAUCCGUACAUUGACAUUCAGCCGACUGCAAGAAAUGUCAGAGCUUAUUUAAGCACUGUAGUCCAUUGACACUUAACUAUAAACAAAACUGGUUUGGUUUGUAAAGGAUCACGGAAAGCACCAGGAGUCGAGUCAGAUGAAACUAUAAGUUAAUAAACAGUAAAUAAUCUUAAAUGAGUGUUGAGGCUCCGUACCCUCAUCCAUCAGUGUCAGUUUAGCUGUACCAGAGGUUUAAAGUACUCUUGUGUGACUCUACAUUAGCCGUUUAGUUUCUCAAUUUCAUAUUUCAUAGCAUCAAUAUCAAGUAUUUUGCAUUGAAAACUGAUAAGCGUCUUUGUACAAAGCUGUGGCUGGAAGGUCUCUCGUUCACAAAGCUUGUUGAGGUUCAGUCUUGGAUCACGUUCAUGAGGACUGGCCUUCAGCCUCCACUCAUGUCAGUGAACAUUUUUCAAGUCAAAA